GAUGUCGUCUGCCCGGACCGGAUGGUGUUCGUGUAGAGGAAGUUUUGUUUUGCGAGUUUUCCGUCCGAUUCGACUGACUGAGUAUUUAGUUAAAGCGCUUACAAAGAACACGAAAUGAUAGUGUUGUGAACUGAAUAACGGGCAACGGCACAACUAUUCAAGGAGAUAGUAAAAGCCCGAUCUAUUGAGGCGGCGGAACUCAACACUCAGAGUAACCCGAGAGCACCUUGCUGCUAAGCUAACGCUAUCUUCAUAGUUAUCGCGGCUAGCAUUAGCCUCCUGUCGGCGUUGUGUUGAAGGGGCUUUCUGAGCGAACGAAGCCAUGGGGAACCGGGGCAUGGAAGACCUGAUUCCCCUGAUUAAUAAGCUUCAAGACGCUUUCAGCUCCAUUGGCCAAAGUUGCAAUUUAGACCUUCCUCAGAUUGCUGUGGUUGGAGGACAGAGCGCCGGAAAAAGCUCAGUCUUGGAAAAUUUUGUAGGCAGGGACUUUCUUCCACGUGGAUCAGGCAUUGUUACCCGCAGACCUCUCAUUUUGCAGCUGGUCAACAAUAAAGCAGAAUAUGCUGAAUUCCUGCACUGCAAAGGAAAGAAGUUUGUGGAUUUUGAUGAGGUGCGGGCAGAAAUAGAAGCAGAGACCGACAGGAUAACAGGCUCCAAUAAAGGAAUCUCCCCCAUCCCAAUUAACCUGAGGGUUUACUCCCCACACGUGCUGAACCUGACCCUGAUUGACCUUCCGGGAAUGACUAAGGUUGCUGUUGGAGAUCAGCCCAUAGACAUAGAGCACCAGAUCAGGGACAUGCUGCUGCAGUUCAUCACCAAGGAGAGCUGCUUGAUCCUUGCUGUCACCCCUGCUAACACUGACCUGGCAAACUCAGAUGCUCUUAAGAUCGCCAAGGAGGUUGACCCACAGGGUUUGCGAACCAUUGGUGUUAUAACAAAACUGGACCUGAUGGAUGAAGGGACUGACGCAAAAGACAUCCUAGAAAAUAAACUGUUACCACUUCGAAGAGGCUAUAUUGGUGUGGUAAACCGCAGCCAGAAAGACAUCGAUGGAAAGAAGGACAUUCGUGCUGCUCUGGCUGCAGAGAGGAAGUUCUUUCUGUCCCACCCUGGCUACAGACACAUGGCAGAGCGUAUGGGCACACCCCAUCUACAGAAGGCACUCAACCAGCAACUGACCAACCACAUCAGGGACACUCUGCCAGGUCUGCGCAGUAAGCUGCAGAGUCAGCUACUCUCCUUAGAGAAGGAGGUGGAGGAGUACAAGAACUUCCGUCCGGAUGAUCCAACACGCAAGACCAAGGCCUUAUUACAGAUGGUGCAGCAGUUUGGUGUGGACUUUGAGAAGUGCAUUGAGGGCUCAGGGGACCAGGUGGACACCAAUGAGCUGUCAGGUGGUGCCAAAAUCAACCGCAUCUUCCAUGAACGCUUCCCUUUUGAACUGGUCAAGAUCGUGUUUGAUGAGAAGGAGCUAAGGCGAGAAAUAAGUCAUGCAAUCAAGAACGUCCAUGGUGUCAGAACGGGGCUGUUCACUCCAGACCUGGCGUUUGAGGCCAUCGUGAAAAAGCAGAUCGUUAAGCUGAAAACGCCCUGUCUCAAAUGUAUCGAUCUGGUCAUUCAGGAGCUCAUCAACACAGUCAGGCAGUGCUCCAACAAGCUUGGUUCCUAUCCCAGACUGAGAGAGGAGACUGAGAGGAUUGUCACCACCUACGUCAGAGAACGAGAAGGGAAAACCAAGGACCAGGUCCUGCUGCUGAUUGACAUUGAACUGUCCUACAUCAACACCAACCAUGAGGACUUCAUAGGCUUUGCUAAUGCCCAGCAAAGGAACACAGCUGCAAACAAGAAGAGGGCCAUACCCAACCAGGGUGAGAUUCUGGUGAUCCGUAAAGGCUGGUUAACCAUCAACAUCAGCAUUAUGAAGGGAGGCUCCAAGGAGUACUGGUUUGUCCUGACUGCUGAGACCCUGUCCUGGUACAAAGACGAAGAGGAGAAGGAAAAGAAGUAUAUGCUCCCUCUGGAUAACCUUAAGAUCAGAGAUGUUGAGAAAGGAUUUAUGUCCACAAAGCACAUCUUUGCCAUCUUCAACACAGAACAGAGGAACGUGUACAAGGAUCUUCGCCAGAUAGAACUGGCUUGUGAUUCCCAAGAGGAUGUAGACAGCUGGAAAGCGUCAUUCCUAAGAGCAGGAGUUUAUCCAGAGAAGGAUCAGGUGGAGAAUGAAGAGGCCGCCCCUGCAGACACAUUCUCUAUGGACCCUCAGCUGGAGCGGCAGGUGGAAACCAUCCGCAACCUGGUGGAUUCAUACAUCAGCAUCAUUAACAAAUCCGCUAGAGACCUCGUGCCCAAGACCAUCAUGCAUCUCAUGAUCAACAGCGCAAAGGAUUUCAUCCACUCAGAGCUGCUGGCGUACCUCUACUCAUCAGGAGACCAGAACAGCCUCAUGGAGGAGUCAGCUGAUCAGGCUCAGCGAAGAGACGAAAUGCUGCGCAUGUAUCAUGCUCUCAAAGAGGCACUUAACAUAAUUGGGGACAUUAGUGCAAACACCAUCUCCACCCCAGUACCCCCACCUGUGAAUGACACCUGGAUGCAAGAUGCCAGCCCAACCCCUCAGCGCAGGCCGCCUCCUGCUGCAGCUCCGCCCCCCAGCCGUCCACCUGCUGUCCGGGGCCCAACACCAGGACCACCUCUGAACCCUUCCCCAGCCUUUGGAGCUCCUCUUAACCCCUCUCCUGCAUUCGGAGCGCCACCAAUCCCCUCUCGCCCAGGCCCAUCAAUGAAUGCCUUUAACAGCAGCCAGGAUCCCUUCAGUGCCCCCCCACAGAUCCCCUCCCGGCCAGCUCGAGUCCCACCAGGCGUGCCCAGCCGAAGACCCCCUGGUGCUCCUUCCCACCGGCCCACCAUUAUCCGCCCUGCUGAGCCCUCCCUGCUAGACUAGACCUGUGGCCAAGCCCAUUUAAUUAUGUGUGUUUUUGUGUGUGGGUGUGUGUUUCUGCACACUUAAGGCCGGAGGUGGGGGCUCGAGGGGAGGGGAGCCAACUUAGAGUGGUGCAUAUUGUGCAUUGUCCAGCAUAUUAAUAUGUCUCUUCAAGCGAUGUAACAAGCUGCUAAUACCGUCUUUAUCAGUGCACAUGAACAAGAAGAAGCCCUUAACCACUUGAAUAUUAUGUUUGAUUGCUGUGGAAAUUCUUCAGUAAACAUAAAUGCAGGUGUUUUCUGAGAUAUGUUACACAUCCAUUAAUAGAUGAUGUAUCAAGCUCAGCACCCUUUUUUCAUUUAAUCAAAAGUUAUAUUUCUCUGGACAAGCUUUCAGACAGAACCCCAAUCAAUAACUUAUUAACAGUUACAGGCUUUCUUUCCUCUCCCCUCCCCAUACCUUUUACUUGGCUCAGAAGCCCUAGUCUACUUCCCUGUGUGUAAUAUGCACAUUUAACUUGUUAAUGUUUUACUUGUUAACUGAUUUCAGAAACAAAAGCUUAUUACCACUGUUGUUAUUUUGGUGAUGUCAAUAACAGUUUUCCCCUUUGUGUUAUUUUAUUUGAGUGGCUGCGUCCUUUUAAAUGAACAUCAAAAAAGUAGCUUUAAAAAACAAAUGGCUAAUUACAGAAAGAAAAUAAAGCAGAAAGGGAAGGUUGUAUAAGACUGAGAGAGUAGCUUAACCUCCCUUUAAAUUAUUCCUCCAAAACUGGACGAAUCCUAACAUUUUUACCGUUACAUUUCAAGCACUUCUCACCACGUGUCCUUCGAACCAGCCGGUCAUUCAGGGAUGUUGUAGCCCAUUACUAAAACACUAUGCACAGAAACCUGGGAGAGGGAGAGACUGAAGGCUGUCUGCACUUUUUUGGAAGCUUUCUCUCCACUAAUUUUGAGUUGAUAAAGCCUUGAAUUAUAAUCCCUUUAGUCUCAGUUGGACUCCACGGGUUUCCCUCAGCUUUCAGGUAGACUUCAUCACUGUUAAAUCCCAGAUUAGAGCAGAGAGAGGGGAUAAAACUCAGUGAAGUGGUGGGGUGUGUAGAUGAUCUGUGGUUUAGGGUAUAAAGAUGGUAUUAAGCUUUUAGGAGUCGGCACAUCUCGAUCUUGGCUUAGUUGUCAAGACUUAUAUUAUUGCUAUCAGUUCUGUUUCCAUGCAUUAAAGUAACACUGUAUAUAGCUGGCCUAUUCUGGGGAGUUAGCACUUGUAUCUCAUUUUAAUUGAGGGUUGAUGACACAAAUAUGAUCAAGAUUAAAGCCCAACAUUUUUAAGUGCGUAGUUGUUCCAUUAAAAAAGCACUAACACUGUCAUUGCAUUGUAGGGCAAAAGAGAUCAGCCAUCUCCUGUUGAAUUAUUUAUAAUCUGGGCAUUUGUCACUUCUUUUGAUGUUUUUGGUUACAGUUGUGUCAGCUUUUUACAACUAAGCUCCCCAGCUUCUCUUGGACUGUUAUUUGAGGGUUUUGCUACAGGGAUUAGCUGUCUAAGUGUUUUAUGUUGGGAGGGCACUUGGGGAUGGACUCUGUCCACACAGCUGUGAUUUUUUUGAUAACUAUUUUGAUUGCUCAUUGAGGGUAUUUGACCAAUUAAAGAAUACGUUUUUAAGCAGAGUGAUGUCGGGCAACUAGGAUGUUUUCUGUUUUUUGGUUUGAUCAGUAGCGGUGGUGAGCAGGUGGUGGGAAUUAUGGUGUUUGAAGGCACACCCUGUCUAGAGAGGCAGUCUGGACUUUUCCUCUCACUUCAGAGGAUACAAGCGUAAUCAGCCAAUGUGACAAGAUAAGAAACUUAAAAACAAUCCCAAACUGCCCAAAUCCAGACUGUAGAGACAGUGUGUGCUUUUUCUUCCCUUGUAUUUCUCUGCAGGUUUGGCUUUCAGUGACAGUGCCAGAAAAAGCUAAAUAAACACAUGAAAAUCUUUCCCUUCACAUUAGAUCUUCCUCAAAGACCUGGUAAACAAAAGUAUUUCACUGAGGAAAACUUCUUAUUGGCCAAAGUAUGUUUAAAAAAAAAAAAAAAAAAGAAAUCCCUUGUGCCUGUCAUGUCAGCCUGCCCCGGAGAAGCCUUGACUGUAAAUACCCUGUAAUACAUUAGGUUGUGGCAUCACUGCCUCCCUUCCUAAUGGAUGUACCCUGUCUCCUUCCUCUUUCCCUCCCCUGCCUGAAUUUGGAAGAAGGGGUUGGAAACAAACCUGCAAAAAUCUCUUUUCUUUUUGUUUGCAAACCCUUGUCAAGUGCCUCUGUAGCAAUUAAUGAUUUGAAUAAACAACAUGAACUGAUUUAGUAUGGCGAGCAAAUAAAGAGGUGUUGUGUACAAUAAAGGGACUGGCUCUGGUG